AAAAAAUAAUUUUCUCAUAUUUUUGUAUUUUUCAUAUUUUUCAUAUUUUUGUAGAAGAAAUGAAUAAUGUUUAAAGAAAAUGGCGAUGUAUCUUGAACUUGAAUGCAGAGAAGGGGAGGAGGAGUUUCAAACAAUCUUUUGGCAAGUUCUGGAUUAUGUCAUUUCAUCAGUGGGCAUUAUAGGAAACCUUAUUUCCAUUUCAAUAUUGGUCAAGAAGGAAUUCAGAGAGACGUUUCAUCGUCUACUGUUGAGCUUAGCAGUGGUUGAUUUGAUAUUCAUCAUCUCCGUAGUGAUUAGAAAUAUUCUACGAAAUGUUCGGCAGGAGAAAGAGCAGUUUCUAAAUCAAUUGAAUGCAUCUAUUCACAGAAACGGGAUCAACUUUACGGAGGAUAUUUUUAUAUCGGAGAAUACAGAGGAUGAUACAGUUCAGAGAGAGCUGUUUGAGGUUCGACAUGAAGUUAUUUUCCUGGAAAAUGUGACGGAUAUUUUUAGUUUUGAAAUAAGAUUUAUGUAUUUUGCUUCUAUAUACUUCAUCGUCUCCAUCAGUGCUGAAAGAUACUUUGGAGUUUGCUAUCCUAUAAAAUCAAGAGUUAAAGGACGUAAACGGUUUUACUUAUAUUUCAUACCCGUCCUCAUGCUAAGUGCCCUGAUUGAGAUUCCAAAGAUGAUUACAAUCCUGAAACAGAUAAAUAACAUCGAGUUCUCAAAACAAGAAAAGAGUUUUCUAGAGUUUUAUUUUGACUACGCUAAACCGUUCAUGACCAUCUAUCUUCCUCUGAUCCUGUUGAUUCUGCUAAACACAAGAAUAUUCCACACAAUCAGGAACAGUAGGAACAGUUUACGAGUGAAUGCAGGAGGAGGACCAGGAGGAGGAUCAGGAGGAUCAGGAGGAUCAGACAAAGAACGCAACUUUGCUACAAUUCUUGUCAGCAUAGUUCUUCUGUUCCUGUUUACACAUAGCCUGAGAGUAUUAAACCAGAUAUAUAGAGACAGUACAGAUAGAAUUCUCAAACAUUGUGCUAACAAGAAUCUCACACCCGUCAUACCAAGAUGGCUUCGAACCAUGACUCUACUGGUGGAGCUGGAGGUCUAAUGAAUAUAUGUAUAUGAUUAUAAUCUCGUAUAUUUAAGAUGGCUCCGAAGCCUGAAUCUUCUGGUGGAGCCUGCAGGUCUAAUGAAUAUUUGUAUAUAAUCUCGUAUAUUUAAGAUGGCUUAGAACCCUGCAUCUACUGGUGGAGCCUGCAGGUCUAAUGAAUAUUUGUAUAUAAUCUCGUAUAUUUAAGAUGGCUUAGAACCCUGCAUCUACUGGUGGAGCCUGCAGGUCUAAUGAAUAUUUGUAUAUAAUCUCGUAUAUUUAAGAUGGCUCAGAACCCUGCAUCUACUGGUGGAGCCUUCAGAUCUAAUAAAUAUAUGUAUAUGUAUAUAAUCUCGAAUAUUUAAGAUGGCUUCGAACCCUGAAUCUACUGGUGGAGCCUGCAGGUCUAAUGAAUGCUUCCAUAAACUUCAUUAUUUACUGCUUAGCUGG